AUGCAGCGCAAACAAAACAGCGUAGACUUUUUAAACUUUGAAAACGGCCGACCAGACAAUGUGGAAUACUCGCAGGCCUGCAAGAACUCUGCGUCCCAAUUAAGUGGUUUUGUUUGGUCCAAGGAAAAUGAAAUUAUCUUCGUGACUAAUGAAGGCUUUGAAGUGUAUCAGAUCUACCCGCAGGAUCACCACAUUUGCAUGCUCAAGCGUGGCACUGUUCCGACGAACUGGUAUACCUGGGACCCUCUAAAUAAAAUCCUUCUUCUCUCUUCUGGUGACCUUGGAAAUCGACUACAUGUGAUCUCCUUUGAGGGCUCAGUGACUAAACUCGCGGGCUUUGACGUGAAAGAGGAAGACAUCAUUCCGUCAGCCUCCCAGCCAGAAAAUAAACAGCUGCAACAAAAAAACUGCUUUCUGGCUAACCUCUACGGCCAACUCUACGCGUGCAUCCUCUCCAAAACAGCCGCCGGUGGCGUUGAGCUGGCUUUGUACAAGCUAAUGAAGAACGCUCCAGCCCACAAAGUACACGCGCUUGUUGUGCCCGAGCAGGGCAGGAUUGCGGUCAAUUUCAUUAGCGACUUAGUCCUGGUUCACCACCAGCACUCACGCACCUCGCUUGCCUACGAUAUUGCCCUCAAGGGCAAAGAAACUGAAGGCGGCGUUGAAAGGCACUACCCCAUCUUACCGCCAAUUUCACUCGCCGACGUGAAUAUCCCCUGUAAAGAUAUUCCAGCUUUAUCGCUGGAACCCGGAGCCGACUUCAGUACACCCUUGUACGCCUCCUCGUGGAUCAUUUUUCCGCCUAACGUCGUCAUUGAUGGAAGGCUUGGCUGUCUGUGGACGGUUGACCUUGACCUUCAUGCCUUCGCCAAGCUCAUCUCCGACCCGGUGGUAUUGGUCGAGUGCCUCUUGAAUCGGUCCGGUGCGAAGCCGACUCUGCGCGAGUACUGUCGUCAACUUGCUGAGGACGUGAUCACCGCGAUCGCGCACCCACCCACGCCCCCACUAACCGAGUUCUCGACGCUUGUAGCUUCCUCACGCCACCUGGAGACACUUACGUCGAUUUUUGCGCGUUUCGUCGCGGUUCAGAAGGCCGCCAGGAAGGCGUCAAAGCGUGGCAAGAACAAGCCCACCCGGACUCGAACACAGGACUCACCUUCAGAGCCAAUCUGUCGACCUUAUGAGCAGCCUUUCGUUUUCACCCCCGACGACGUCCUUGAGACUAUCCUAUCGCCUCUGUCUGCCUCCGAGAACUUGCACAUCCAGCGGUUUCUUUCGCAUGUCGUUCUGCGAUACAUCAGUGCUCUUAGAUCCCGUUCUCUCGCCGUUGACCCUGUGUUCUACGACAUGUUAUUUGAGAGCCUCGUCAAUGCUGGUGACUUCAUGCGUCUUGUCCACCUCAUUCAGUCGGGAAUUCUCGUUGACUCCAAGGAGAUCGCCAAUUGUCUUCUGUCCAUCGAGUCAACCUUUCCGCCUGCUGGCCAAUUGGCUCUUGAUAUGCUCCAUAGAUUGGGUAACGCCAAUGAGAGUAUCAUGGAGGUGUUGUUGGCAAAAGGCGAUCCCAUUACUGCCCUCAGAUUUUGCAAAGACCACACAGAACUUCUGAGUCUUCCAGACACGCCGCGCAAGGUCCUCGAUUCCGCCAUGUUGUCGUCGGAUCCGCUUGUCUUCUACUCCGUUUUCCGCUUCUUCGAGCGAGCUGCCCCACUCACCUGCUCAUUCGUGGAAGAUCCAAAGUACCAGCCCUACGCGGCCCACUUUGUCUCCCUGUUUGGCCCGUCAAGCCUCGUCAUUCAGCAAUAA